AUGUCCGAGGAUAUCAAUUUACAGGACGAAGUAUAUGCAGCAUUAACAAACUUUCUUAGCACAGAUGAAGAAAUUAGAAUUAGAGCUUACACGUAUUUAGAUGGUAUUAAAACCCAAAAUGAUAUCGGUUUCAUUGAAUGUUUACUCCCUAUUCUUCAAAAUGAAAACGAAGAACCGAAGAAUAGAUCCCUUGCUUCUAUCUUCCUCUUCAGAACUCUUAAAAAACGAACGUCAGAAGAUCAAAAAAUUUUUAUUCAGAAUUGGUAUCACCAGCCAUUCGAAUUAAGAGAGGCCCUUCGUGCGGCCGCAUUCCAAGGUAUACUUUCCGAUAAUAGUGAUUUAUCAAAUCAAAGCGGAAACUUACUUGGAAUUCUCCUCGCCAUAGAGUUUAACUCAGCCGGCGCUCGCGAACAAGUAGAAAUUCAAGAUCAUUUUUACAGCAAGGUAAUGGAAGUUUUAGAGCUUUCUCUUAAUUCAUCUGAUAUUUCUUCCAGAUCUAUGGGAUACCAAGUCAUUAGGAACUUCUCCCAGCACUCACAGGAAUUUUAUCCUAAUUGUGCACACGAUGCACCUUUCCUUCGUUUGGUUCCUGAGUUAUUUGAAUGCAUCUUACAAGGUAUGAUAGCUGCUGAUUACCCGGCGAUUCAGGACUCGGCCUCAUCGGCUAUGCUUGCUUCCCUUUUAAUUUUCAAGAGACAUCUCUCAUUUACAAACAACAGAAAUCAAUUAUUCGAAGUUUUAUUCGCAUACCUACAAUCCGACAUUGUCAUUGAGGUUGUCCCGUCUAAGCCACUCUUCGUUGUUGGAUAUACAAUUCUACGAAAGCUUAUCGACCUUUAUUAUCCUUAUUUCGAGGAAUACAUGGAUGAUUUAUUCGAGCGUACUUACGAAGACUUAGUCUCCAAUAACCCUGACCGUCAGAUCGAGGCUUCCUUGUUCUGGGUCAACAUUGGAGCCGUAGAAAGAGAUAUCCAAUUCCCAGAGCGCAGAACUCCUAAAAACAGACAUCACGAGUUCGACCAAAACCUUGGAUUUUCACUUACAGCCUUCCCAAAGCUAUUCCCGCCUCUUGUUACUUUAAUCCAAUCAACAGAUGCAGAUGAUAAAGACGCAAACACUUCCCUCGACAGAAACCCACAACAUGCAGCCUUCCAAUGCCUUUCGGAACUCUCCGGUGCCGCGGAUGCCGAUGCUUUACCUUUAAUCUUCGAAUACGUCAACCAGAACAUUUCGGAAGAAGAAUGGACCCUCAGAUAUACAUCAGUAUUAUUACUUAACGCUGCUAGCCAGCUCAAUUCUUUCGAGUCGGAUCCAGCAAAUAUUUUACAAUCUUUCGGUUACUUCGUCGGAGCAUUGGAUGACACUAUUCCUCGUAUAAUCGAAGUUGCCAUGUGGUCCUUAGGCUGCAUGAUCGAGCGAAUCCCAGAAUUAGUGACAGAUCCGGACAGAUUCAACGAACUCGUCACAGCAUUAUCGAGGAAGCUCAAUUUAUCAUCGGCGCUUACAUUCCGUGCUGGUUGGCUUUUCAACAGGAUAUUUAAUGUCUUUUCUCCAGGAGAAUCCGAUUCUUUGAUCGCAUUAAACUUCGACGAAUUCUCGCAACUCUUACUCGAUGCCGCCGAUGUCUUCAACGACGUCGAUCCUCUCGAUGCAGCGUACGGCGCUUUGAACAGAUUAAUCGAAAAAACACCAUGCGAUUUAGUAGAGCCAUACUCCAAGUUCCUACAAUCAGUAAUCGACAGACUAUCAAAAUUAAUCGAAAAAGCUACUACAUCCGCUCUGGAUCCCUACGAAACUCACAAGACAUUAGGUCUUUUCUGUUUCGUUGAGGCCAUUGUUAUGAACCUCCAAUCGUACAUCCCUCCAUACGCUCCAGACCUCAUCCAGCUUCUCCUUGCCUCCUUGAAUGUCUGCCACGGCGAGUUAGUCUGCGUUGUUUUGCCGGCAUUAGGUGCAGUUGCAAGAGCUCUUGGAUCCGGAUUUGUUGAUUACCUUCCCAACCUUCUAGGACAGUUGGAGGACUACUUGCAACAGCAGGAACACGUCCGCCACGCCGCUGUUUUCGUUUGCGACAUCUAUAACGCGAUUCCUUCUUUCCCUGAGAACAUAACAAAUACUUUUGUUAAUCUUUUGUUCAAAGCAUUUGAUAUACCCGAUAUUUCAAAUGACGCGAGAGUAUUUGUAUUUUCUGCUCUCACGGAUAUCGCGAGAAACAUCGGACCUGCAUGUUUCGAAUGGGUUGAACAAUUCUUGAAAUUGUUCGAGAAAGAAAGUCGCUCAGUUUUAGUCGAAUCCGAAAAUGUCGAUGAAAAUUACGUGAGAUCAUUUACAUUUGCUAUUUUACAUUGUUACCAAACUAUCGCUCCUUUGUACGCAGAAGUAGACAGAGGAGAUAGAAAGGUACGUAAUUUCUUCCACAUAUUCGACAAACUUGAUAAGAUAAGGAUGAUGAUUGAUGAAGAAAUAAUCAUGGAAGCUGUGAUGUUGGUCAAACAAAUUUCCGAUUUGUUCGGAAGAAAAAUUAACGCUUACACACAUAAGCCUGUAGUUAUCAAACUCCUUAAACUGGCAAAGGAGUCAGAAAACCAGGCAUUACAAGAAGUUGCUGAACAAGCAAUGGAAUCUAUUCAAGCUUGUUAA